UGUGGCCCUGCCCACAAGAGGGCGACGGAAGGGGCUCAACUCAAGCGCGGAGCGCUCGGGAGGAAGGCGGGGUCUCCGCGCGGCGGCCCCGCCCCGGGGCGGUGCCGGGCGAGGGGAAGGCGGGGCUCGCGGCGAGGAGGUCUGCUUCGGAGGCGGCAGGGUGGUUUGGUCGGGGGCCCAGCGGGUGGCCCGGGUCACCGCCCGUGCUUCGGCGGCCAUCUUGCCCGCGCCCGUCUCCCGCGGCGGGAGGGGCGGCGUACAGGCCGGAAACGUCUGUGUGGCGACAGGCCACCUCCUCAGGGACAUAGCAAGAAUCUCAAGACAUGUUUCAGAAGCUCCCUCUAUUUGUGAGAAUCUAGUGAAUGGACCUGACUGGACUUUUUAAGCCCAUCAAUAAACAUGAGCGGUACCAAGCCCGAUAUUUUGUGGGCACCACACCAAGUUGAUAGAUUUGUUGUAUGUGACUCAGAAUUGAGCCUUUAUCAUGUGGAAUCGGCUGUGAAUUCAGAACUCAAAGCUGGAUCGUUACGUUUAUCUGAAGACUCUGCAGCGACAUUGCUGUCAAUAAACUCAGAUACACCCUAUAUGAAAUGUGUUGCGUGGUAUCUCAAUUAUGAUCCUGAAUGUCUCCUAGCAGUUGGACAAGCAAAUGGUCGAGUUGUACUUACAAGUCUUGGUCAAGAUCAUAACUCUAAGUUCAAAGAUUUGAUAGGAAAAGAAUUUGUUCCAAAGCAUGCUCGCCAAUGCAAUACCCUUGCAUGGAAUCCACUGGAUAGUAACUGGCUUGCUGCUGGUCUCGACAAACACAGAGCUGACUUUUCAGUUCUAAUAUGGGAUAUCUGCAGCAAAUAUACUCCUGAUAUUGUUCCCAUGGAAAAAGUGAGACUUUCAGCAGGUGAAGCUGAAACAACAUUACUAGUGACAAAACCGCUGUAUGAGUUAGGGCAGAAUGACGCUUCUCUAUCUCUGUGUUGGCUUCCACGAGACCAGAAACUUCUUCUUGCUGGCAUGCAUCGUAAUCUAGCAAUAUUUGAUCUCCGGAACACAAGCCAGAAGAUGUUUGUAAAUACAAAAGCUGUUCAAGGAGUGACAGUAGACCCUUACUUCCACGAUCGUGUUGCUUCCUUCUAUGAAGGUCAGGUUGCAAUAUGGGAUCUUAGAAAAUUUGAGAAGCCAGUUUUGACUUUGACUGAACAACCAAAGCCCUUGACAAAGGUCGCAUGGUGUCCAACCAGGACAGGCCUGCUUGCUACUUUAACAAGGGAUAGUAAUAUUAUUAGGCUGUAUGAUAUGCAGCAUACACCCACUCCCAUCGGGGAUGAAACCGAACCCACAAUAAUUGAAAGAAGUGUGCAGCCUUGUGACAAUUACAUUGCUUCCUUUGCAUGGCAUCCAACGAGUCAAAAUCGAAUGAUAGUUGUGACUCCCAACCGAACAAUGUCUGACUUCACUGUAUUUGAAAGGAUAUCUCUUGCCUGGAGCCCAAUUACAUCUUUAAUGUGGGCUUGUGGUCGCCAUUUGUAUGAGUGUGCAGAAGAAGAAAGUGAUAACUCCUUAGAAAAAGAUAUAGCAACAAAAAUGCGCCUUCGGGCUUUAUCAAGGUAUGGACUUGAUACAGAACAGGUUUGGAGAAACCACAUUUUAGCUGGCAAUGAAGACCCACAGCUCAAGUCACUCUGGUAUACUCUGCACUUUAUGAAGCAAUAUACAGAAGAUAAUGAUCAAAAAUCUCCAGGCAACAAAGGAUCAUUGGUUUAUGCAGGAAUUAAAUCAAUAGUAAAAUCAUCUUUGGGAAUGGUAGAAAGCAGCAGACAUAAUUGGAGUGGCUUGGAUAAACAAACUGAUAUUCAGAACUUAAAUGAAGAAAGGAUUUUAGCAUUACAGCUUUGUGGGUGGAUAAAGAAAGGAACGGAUGUAGAUGUAGGGCCAUUUUUGAACUCCCUUGUGCAAGAAGGAGAAUGGGAAAGAGCUGCUGCUGUGGCUUUGUUCAACUUGGAUAUUCGGCGAGCAAUCCAAAUCCUGAAUGAAGGGGCGUCUUCAGAAAAAGGAGAUCUGAAUCUCAAUGUGGUGGCAAUGGCUUUAUCGGGGUAUACGGACGAGAAGAACUCGCUGUGGCGGGAGAUGUGCAGCACCCUGCGCCUGCAGCUCAACAACCCCUAUCUGUGUGUCAUGUUUGCGUUCCUGACGAGUGAAGCGGGGGCAUAUGAUGGAGUGUUGUAUGAAAACAAAGUUGCUGUACGUGACAGAGUGGCAUUCGCUUGUAAAUUCCUUGGUGAUGCUCAGUUAAAUAAAUACAUUGAAAAGCUGACCAAUGAAAUGAAAGAGGCUGGAAAUUUGGAGGGGAUCUUGCUUACAGGCCUCACUAAAGAUGGAGUGGACCUGAUGGAGAGCUAUGUGGAUAGAACUGGAGAUGUUCAAACAGCAAGUUACUGCAUGUUACAGGGUUCACCUUUAGAUGUUCUGAAAGAUGAAAGGGUUCAAUAUUGGAUUGAGAAUUACAGAAAUUUAUUAGAUGCCUGGAGGUUUUGGCACAAAAGGGCAGAAUUUGAUAUUCAUAGGAGUAAGCUGGAUCCCAGUUCCAAGCCUUUAGCACAGGUGUUUGUGAGUUGUAAUUUUUGUGGCAAAUCAAUCUCCUACAGCUGUUCCUCUGUGCCUCAUCAGGGCAGAGGGUUUAGUCAGUAUGGUGUGAGUGGCUCACCAACAAAAUCCAAAGUCACAAGCUGCCCUGGCUGUCGGAAACCCCUUCCUCGAUGUGCACUUUGCCUCAUUAAUAUGGGAACACCUGUUUCUAGCUGUCCUGGUAUGACAACUGCACAGAAUAUUUCUCUGAACUCAGUUUUCCUACAUGGCGCAAGUGGAUCCAAAUCAGAUGAAAAGGUGGACUUGAGCAAGGACAAAAAGUUAGCUCAGUUUAACAACUGGUUUACCUGGUGUCACAACUGUCGGCAUGGUGGGCAUGCCGGACAUAUGCUGAGUUGGUUCAGGGACCAUGCAGAGUGUCCUGUAUCUGCAUGCACGUGUAAAUGUAUGCAGUUGGAUACAACAGGAAAUCUGGUGCCAGCAGAGACUGUCCAGCCAUGAAAUGUUCCACCUAAAGAAAAAUCUUCACAUGUGGAGUUUUUAAAGGAUGUCCUUCAUAGUUCAGGAAAUAAAGUCACUCAUGGCUUUGCUGUCGUGGAAAAAUAAAGCAUUCUGUCAGCUCAGCAAUGUGAUGUUUGAGUGACUUUGACGUACUCCUCAGAGGCCAACGCUGCUGAUAGGAACAUUAGAACAUGAAUAUUGGUGCUGUUUAGUAGGUUAAAGUUCAUUUGAAAGAACUGUCUAGGCUUUUGUCAAAAUUAUGUUUAUAGAUGGUUUUAGAAUAAAAACAGGCCUUGUGCCUGCAUCUUCAAUCUGAAAUUGAUAUCUUUUGAUAAAAUCUGUACAUAUCUAAAACCAAAUGCCAAUUCAUUGUUUCAUAUAUCAAUUUAAGCUUAUUCAUGCUUAAAUAUGCUUUCAGAGAAAAUGUCAAUUUUACAUUGGUAAUUAGCUCCUGGCCCAUGCUGGAGAAUACAUGCAUGUGUGCAUAUGUGCACACACACGUUUAAGGAACGUUCUCCCUCAUACAUUUAUAUUUUAAUAUAAAAGAUUUGACAUAGGUCAUUCUUGUCUUCCUCAAAACUCCAAGUUAAAAGCAGGCUGGUGAGCUGGUUCAGCAUGCGAGGAGGCUUGCAGCCAAUCCUGAUGACCUAAGUGCGGUCCCAUGUGUUGGAAGCAGUGAUUCAACUCAUCUCCAGAACCUUGCUGCAGCAUGGGGCGAGCACGUACACAUGUGCGCGCUCGUGAGCACUCGAGCACACGCAGACAAUAAAUAAAAAAAAUUUAAAACGAUAAACUUUGAAACUUUUUUCUUUUCAAAAAAGAACUGUGUGAAAAUUUCAGGAAAACAUGAUAAUAACUUUUUCAGUUUCAGUUUUUUCUUUACAGUGUGCUGAUUUGUCUCUGGCUAUCAUCUUUACUUACCAUUCUCAGCACCACCAGGUACUUCUGAGUAUGAAAUCUAUGCAAGAUCAUAUGUGGGACACCAUUUGUGGUGCUGUCAGACACCUUCCUAUUUUGGAGUCUCAUCUUUUUCCAAGGUAGACUACAUGGUGUUGGCCAAAACAAGGGCAUUCCUGCAGUCACCUUUAGAUAUAAGUCGCUAAAAGUGUGUGUAUUGGGGCCAAUUCAAGGGCUUUGUUUCCAUUUUUGUUUGUUCCAUUUUGUUCAUAAGUGGACAUAGUACCACGCUUCUUUGUUGCACAUUGUGUGUAGAAGGGAACUGGAUUUUGUGCUUGAAGUUAUAAGUGUGAGGCGGCUCCUGGUCCCUAGGUUUUGGAGAGGUAUCUGCAGCUGCCCAGACAGCAUGAAGAGCACCAUGUCCAAAGACUGAAGACCCAGUGGACGAGACUGAAUUGUAACCUUGCUUCCUUAAGACCUCACGGAGAAUAGCAUUGGCUCAAGUGCAUGUGUGUUCUAAACGGAUUCAAAUGAAAAAGAAUGACUUUUCUCUCUUACAGAAGUCACCAUUAAGAUACUACUGGUGUUAUAAACUUUACUGGUUUCAUUUGAUUAGGGUAUUUUUCUUUUUCUUUUUUUUUUUUUUUUUUUUUUGGUUGGUUUGUUUUGUUUUGUUUCAAGACAGAGUUUCUCCGUUCAGCCUCGAACUCAGAAAUCUGCCUACCUCUGCCUCCCAAGUGCUGGGAUUAAGGCAUGCACCACCACUGCUGGGCAGGGUAUUUUCUUUAAUAUUGCAUAAGUUAAGAUAUUCUUUUUAAUCUUACUGUGUUCUUAACAUGAGCUUCAAAGUAAUGUCAAAUUCUUAGGAUGUAUAUUUUUAUUUUUCCUAAAAGUACAAUAUAAAGUUAGUGAAAUAAUAUCAAAAACUUUUCGACAUACUAUAUAGACAUAAAUAUGAAGUCUAAUAUGUAAAUAUAGACUUAUUUGUAAUCAUGAUGUAUGGUGACAUUUAAAGAUUGUUCUAUUUAUUAACUUUCUAAUAUUUCUUUUGAUCCCAACCAUAUAGCUUAUAUGAUGUCUGUUUAUCUUACCUUACAUUAUGUAUGGAAUGAAAAUAGAUUCAAGUUAAUUAUUUCUUAAUAAUUUUUUAGAAGUAUUUUUUUUAUUUCUUAGGUCAGUGGUAUUUGAGACUAUAAACUCAACAAGAUAUUUUACCUAGACUUGUUCAGUAGAGGAAUUUAAGAAACAUGUUUUUACGCCGGGCGUGGUGGCGCAUGCCUUUAAUCCCAGCACUUGGGAGGCAAAGGCAGUCGGAUUUCUGAGUUCAAGGCCAGCCAGGUCUACAAAGUGAGUUCCAGGACAGCCAGGACUACACGAGAAACAACCCUGUCUUGAAAAACAAAACAAAACAAACAAAAAAACAAAACCAAUAACAGAAUUACACACACAUAUAGAGAGAUUGCAGAAUCAGCUGACUGUAUAACAAUUACCAUGUUAAAGCCACAAGUAAAGCUAAUUAAAUCCAAGAACAUGUUAUUGAGAAUAAUAUUUAUUGUCAGUGCCUAUGUAUAUUUCAGGUAUUUGGCCUAUUGAAUUUCUGUUCACCUUACACAUAAUUCUGUGAGACAGAUACAUUAUUGUUGCCAUUCUGUAAAUGAGGUAACAUGCAUAGGGACAUUGUUUUUCUUAGGCAAAAUUAUAACAUCUGACAUAGCGUGCUGAUUAAAAAGAUGGUAAAGAGCAGAAGAUGUAGGUCAUUGUGAAUAUGAGGCUGAGUCCACAAGGUUUCUCAGUAUCAUAUGUACACAAAAGAGAAAGUAGGGUGGUGGUCACCUAUCUGCAUCGGUUACAAGGAGAAAUAUACAUUUUAAUGACUAUGGGAAGGAAACAAUCUGAGAGAACAAUUUAUGGUGUUCCUCAAAUGAGUGAGCAAGUACAUAUUAGGCUCCUUAGAAAUAUUCAUAACAGCUCCAUGGAAAAUUGGAAGUCUGUUCUAGAAACCUGACAUCAGGAGGGCUUAGCUAACUUAUUUAGCUUCUGUUAAGCUGCCUGCUUCUGGAGAAACUGCUCCUCCAGUUAACAGCUUAUGUUAGCUCCUGUUAAACUGCUUGCUUGCACAAAAACUCCCCCUGCUGUUGCCAAGUGAAAUAUAAAGGUUGUUUUUUAACCUUUAAAAACUCCAGACUCUCAAACAAAAGUUGUUACAAUUUGGUCCUGAAUAACUGAUUGUAGUCCCAGCUAUCUGUAAUAAAGACACACAGACAGGGUUUCUCUGUGUAGCUCUGUGUAUUCUGGAUUCAUUUUGUAGACCUGGCUGCCCUUGCACUCAGAUAUCUGCCUGUCUCUCCCUCCCAAAGGUUAGGAUUAAAGUCAUGUACCACCACUGCCUAGUGGUAAUAAAUACUUGUAAUUGGGUAUAAAAAACUUUUCAUAACCCUUGUCAUAGGACAGAAAGUUUUUAUGAGCUACUAAGUGGAUAAAUGCACAGAUGUUAGUAUGAUGUAGUUCUUAACUUUACUUACAGUAAACACAGAACUUAAAUGUCCACUGUGACAGUAAGUCUUAACACAUACAUAGGGAAUGCUAAUAAGCUAUGCACACAUAUUACUAUUAUAAGUUAACUAUGACCAUCAUAUUGCUAUCAUAAAACAGCCAAAUGUAAUUUAGCCCAUGAGAUACAGAAAUGUGGUUCAUAGUAAGAAAGUAUAUAGUUCUAAUCUAUUCAGAAAGCAUUUUUCCCCCUCAGUUUUGUGUCCCCUAUUACUAACACUGCAAUAAUAGUUCUUAGUCCAGCACUCAGGUUAGUUAGAAAUUGUACUUCACUCUCCAUUUAGCACAUUGAAAUGGUUAUAAAGCUAAUUGUUCUGAAGUCAGUGGUCUAUAAUCAGUAACUGCUUUCACAUUGUCUCUCAUAUGUCUAUCUCAUAGGUUUUCUGACUCUUCUCUUGUUUCUAUGGCCAUGGCAGGAAAUCUGUUCUCUCCACUGUUGUUCUCCAAGCUGGAGUGCACAUACACAAUUCAGUUCCAGUAAGUUGUUUACAGUAAGUGGUGAAUUCUGAAUGUGCCUAGAUGUCCAGGCUCCUAACAAAUCAGUAAGCAUUUGUGUGCCUUAACUGGUGGACACAGGUCAUGAUAUUAAAUGAUCAGUGGCACCAUCAUUGCUUUGGAAGCAGUGUGUUUAAUGAAAACCACAGACAUAAGUACAGUUUCUGUCUUGUAGUGUUUGCAUCUUCACAGCCAAAAAGUCAGUUUCUUCUAUUUGUACUUUAAAUUUUUAAAAUUAUUUAGAAAUUAUUUUCUAAUAAUUGAAGGAAAUAAUUGGCCAUAAUGUCUUCUAAACUGUAGUUUCCUUAGGAAACCAUUGGUAGGACAGUGUCUUUCCAUGCUUAGCUUUAGAACUAUGGGUAAUUUGUAAUGCCAGAAAUGGCAGUAAUAAUUCAGUGCAUAGUCUUCAUCCAACUUAAGAAAAGCAUGCUGUCUUAAUGUAAUUUCCUAACUGGAAAUUCAGAUAGAGUAAUCUAAUUAAGUUGAAAUCUUAAAUCCACAAAGACAGAAUUGUUUGGAAGUAUAUUCGAAAGGAUUAAUGACUCAAAUGUGAAGCAUAUUUUAUAUGAAUUCACAAAAAACAUUAGUCUUGUAUCUUUUGAUUUAAAGAAUAUUAGUUCACUUAUGCAUGUUUUACACACACACACAAAUACAGACUUUAGUAUGCAAGAAACCCUGAAGUUUGAAAUACAAAUGGCCAAAUUCAUUUUUUUUAUUAUUUAUUUUUUGUUUUUGUUUUUGUUUUUUCCAGAUAGGGUUUCUCUGUGUAGCUCUGGCUGUCCUUGAACUCACUCUUUAAACCAGGCUGGCCUCGAACUCAGAAAUUCACCUGCCUCUGCCUCCCAAGUGCUGGGAUUAAAAGUCACCACGCCUGGCUCAUUUUUAUCUACAUUUUUGUUAACAGCCAUGUUUUGUGUCCAAUAAGCUGCCACGGUCAAAUGUCAUGAUGUUCUUCAAUUAUGUAAUCAUGUUUUUAACAUAAUAGUAUUUUAUGAAAAAGUGAGUAUUUCAAAGUUCUUGUGUUUUAGCUUUAAUGAAAAAUUAUUUGUCAUCCAUUUGGAAAUUCACAUUAGACAAUAUUUUGUAUUUGUACAAAUUUAGUUGUACAUGAAAUGUAUACAUUUAUGAAUAUAAAUAUUAAGCAACUAUA